AUGGGCAGUCCAUCCAACAUUCCCACCAAACGUUGCAACCACCGCUCGCCCCUCACCCCUCUCCCACUGCCUAACCAGAGGAGAACUGCCAGGAAAUUGCUGAGAAGGGCAGUCGACCUAACGUUCCCACCAAACGUUGGGCCCACCGCUCGCCCCCGCCCCCCCACUUCCAAACGAGAGGAAAACUGCCAGGAAAGUGAUGGUACGGGCAGUCGUCCCGACAUUCCCACCAAACAUAGGGCCCACCGCUCGCCCCCAUCUGCCUUACCAGAGGAGAACUGCCAGGAAAGUGUUGGUACUGUCAGUCAACCCAACGUUACCACCAAACAGGAGAACUGCCAGGAAAGUGGUGGAAUAGGCAGUCGACCCAACAUUCCCACCAAAUGUUGGUCCCUCCAAUUGACCCUUCCGCUCCCUAACCAGAGGAGAACUGCCAGGAAAGUGCUGGGACAGGCAGUCGAUCAAACGUUGCCACUAAAUGUUGGGCCCACAGCUCGCCAACCCCCUCCCCCCCUCCGGCCUAACCAGAGGAGAACUGCCAGGAAAGUUCUGGGACGGGCAGUCGACCCAACGCUCCCACCAAACAUUGGGCCCACCGCUUGCCCACCCUCCCCCCCCCCACUGCCUAACAAGAGGAGAACUGCCAGAAACGUGGUGAGACGGGCAGUCAACCCAACGUUCCCACCAAACGUUGGUCCCACCACUCGCCACCCCCGCCUAACCAGAAGAGAACUGCCAGGAAAAUGGGACGGGCAGUCGACACAACGUUCCCACCAAAGGUUGUGCCCACCGCUCACCCAGCCCCCUCCCUAA